AUGAGCAUUUAUUCUAUAGAGGCUAGGAUUUUUAAGAACUGACUUAGGAAUUUGAAUGAUAAGUUGUUUUUAGAGGGACAGGCGAGGGUGAGGAGGCUGGUUGGAAGGAGGUAUUUUAGGAAGUUGUGGAGGGUGGAGGUGGAGGAGAAGGAGAGGCUGGGGAAUGUGGAGUUUGGGAGGAUGGAGAUUGAGUUUAGCUGGUGCAGAGCUGGUUUAGGUGGUAGAAAUAAUAGGAGGAAAGAAGAGAGGCGGAUUCUUAAGUGUCAGUUUCUUUAUGUAGAGAACAGAUGGUCAUUGGAGACGAAAUUGCCAAUAUUAAAGCCCAGAAAGUUUAUUUUUCCAGUUGUAACGUUCUUUGCAAUGAUUUAUAAAUUUGUAAUUCCUUCAAAGAGUCUGAUGCGAAUCAUGCUGAACUUUUCCUGAUGAAAGGAGAUUGACUUCAAGGAAUGAAUUUUUGAAUGAAAAGCUUUUCGUUUUGAAAGCAAUACAGAUUACCAAAUAAAAACUCUAGGAUUCAAUACUUGCAGAGAAAUCAGCACUCACAACUUCAGUGAAGCAGGAAGAUUAUUUGGACCGAUAUUCAAAGCAAUCUCUGAGUGUAGGCUGAAACAAUCCCUUAAAAAGAUCACAGCUUAUUGCUGUGGCUUAAAGAAGAAAUAUCUGACGAAAGCUAAAGCAAAGUAUGGGUUUAAGCAUAUAGAUAUACUACCUUAG